GUCAUCUACAUGAACAAUCAGCAGUACAUGGCUGCCAUCAUCUUGAGCGAGAAACAAUGCAGAGAACAAUUCAAAGACAUGAACAAGAGCUGCGAUGCCUUGCUCCUCAUGCUGAAUCAGAAGGUGAAGACGCUGGAGGUGGAGAUAGUCAAGGAGAAGACCGUUUGCACUAAGGAUAAGGAAAGCGUGCUGCUGAACAAACGCAUGGUGGAGGAACAGCUGGCUGAAUGUGUGAAAACCCGGGAGCUGCAGCAUCAAGAGCGCCAGCUGGCUGAGGAGCAACUGCAAAAGGUUCAAGCCCUCUGCCUGCCCCUGGACAAGGACAAGUUUGAGAUGGAUCUUCGUAACCUGUGGAGGGACUCCAUUAUCCCACGCACCCUGGACAACCUGGGUUACAACCUCUACCAUCCCCUGGGCUCGGAAUUGGCCUCCAUCCGCAGAGCCUGCGACCACAUGCCCAGCCUCAUGACCUCCAAGGUGGAGGAGCUGGCCCGGAGCCUCCGGAUGGGUAUCGAACGCGUGGCCCGCGAGAACUCGGACCUCCAACGCCAGAAGCUGGAAGCCCAGCAGGGCCUGCGGGCCAGUCAGGAGGCAAAACAGAAAGUGGAGAAGGAGGCUCAGGCCCGGGAGGCCAAGCUCCAAGCCGAAUGCUCCCGGCAGACUCAGCUGGCGCUGGAGGAAAAGGCGGUGCUGCGGAAGGAACGAGACAACCUGGCCAAGGAGCUGGAAGAGAAGAAGAGGGAGGCGGAACAGCUCAGGAUGGAGCUGGCCAUCAGAAACUCGGCCCUGGACACCUGCAUCAAGGCCAAG